UCUCUCUCUCUCUCUCUCUCUCUCUCUCUCUCUCUCUCUCAACAGCAGGACCAUCUCAUCUUCUUCUUCCGAUUCCGAUACCUUCUGCGAUAUUCACCGGCCCCCACCACCCCUAUCUUCUCCUCUCUACCAAGCAUCAAACCGCAAAAUUUCAAAUCAUCUGUCUGUGGUGUGGUGUCUAGUCUAUGCUAUACAGCUGCAGCGCACUCUCAGUUCACAGUCGACAAAUUAAAAAUGAUUGAGAUGAUUAAGUAUCUGAUCGGCUGCGCCGGAGCAAGCGGUUACGGUUCCAAAUCCACCGCCGAGCAAGUCACCGAUAACUGCCAUCGUUUAUGCUCUUACACCGCCAUCAUCACAGGUGCGACGUCCGGGAUCGGAGCUGAGACGGCUCGCGUCCUGGCUAAGCGCGGUGCUCGUCUGAUCAUGCCUGCUCGGAAUCUAAAGGCCGCCGAGGAGAAUAAGGCUCGUAUCUUGUCGGAGUUUCCUGAUUCGGAGAUUAUCAUUAUGACUCUUGAUCUUAGCUCGCUUCAUUCCGUCAGGAGUUUUGUUUCUGAUUUUGAAGCUCUUAAUCUUCCGCUUAAUCUCCUCAUUAACAACGCCGGAAAAUUUUCUCAGAAUCACUGUAUAUCGGAAGACGGGAUGGAGAUGACUUUUGCAACGAAUUAUCUAGGUCAUUUUUUGUUAACGGAACUGUUGAUGAAGAAUAUGAUAGAGACGGCAAACAUAACCGGCGUACAAGGUCGUAUCGUGAACGUAUCUUCCGGCAUCCAUACCUGGUUUUCCGGCGACUUGAUUCGUUCUCUUGGUCGAAUCACUCGAGAUAAAAGUCAGUACGAUGCAACACGUGCAUAUGCAAUCUCGAAGCUCGCUAACGUUUUGCAUACCAAGGAACUUGCUCGGAGACUCAAGCAAAUGGAGGCGAACGUGACUGUAAACUGUGUGCAUCCUGGGAUCGUGAGAACGGAGCUAACAAGAGAUCACAAAGGCUUUGUAACAGAUCUCGUAUUUUUUCUGGCUUCAAAGCUGUUAAAAACCAUUCCUCAGGCGGCGGCGACCACAUGCUAUGUUGCAACUGACCCAAGACUCAGAAAUGUGAGUGGGAAAUACUUUGUAGACUGCAACGAAGCAUCAGCAUCAAAACUAGCAUGCGAUCCAGAGGAAGGUGCUCGGCUAUGGUCUUUCUCUAUGAUCAUGGUCUCAAAGGAACCCAGAUCAGAUUUUUCCACUUUCCAUGGAUUAUAUUAAUUAAUUAAUUAAUUAAACACAUAUAUACUACAUAUAUAUAUAUAUAUAUAUAUAUAUAUAUAUAUAUAUAUAUAUAUAUAUAUAUAUAUAUAUAUAUAUACUACAUGUUAUAUAUAAUAGCAUCAAGAUUAAAACAAGAUCUAGAUACUCAAUGGAUUAUAUAUACUAUAUUAUAUCUAUCAAAUUAAAAAAAUAUACAGAUACUCUAGGAACAUGUUAUGGUUACAACAUAUACCCUAAAGAAAUUAUAACAAAGAGAAGAGCUGGCAGUUUUAUAAAUAUAUUACUAGUCAUGUGAAACAGUUGAUUGUGAAGGCAUAUAUAUAUAUAUAUAUAUAUAUAUAUAUAUAUAUAUAUAUAUAUAUAUAUAUAUAUAUAUAUAUAUAUAUAUACACACACAGUUUUUAAUUUGGAAAAAUAAUAGACGUGGUAUUUUUCCAAGUUAAAUACUAUGUUAUUUUUUUCAAUAUAUAAUGGUUGUUGAAUAUUAAACGAAAAAUAUGUGUAAACAUAGGAAGUGUAGAUGAAAAGAUGGUGGUUUCUUUUUUAUAAUUUCCUGUAAUGUAAUUGAUGUAAUGUUUCACGUUUUGUGUUGAUAUUUGAUGGUAAUAGUUUCGGCCUUUUUUGAAAUCUGGAAUGAAGGUUCUUUUGUUGAUUC